AACCCGUGCAGAACUGUGUCAGUGUUUGACGGGUGCGUUCGAUUGGGCGGUGCUUUGGAAUUGUUUUUGGAAACUUUUUUGGUGGAAGGUCUCGCAUUAACCAACGACGUAUCGCACCAUCGGCGGCCACGAAUCCGCAGUCAAAACAAGACCACGGUCCACCAGAUCGGAUCUCGUUCACGAGAACACGGACCGCGAAACGAGAACCCGGACCGUUCGCGGUGAUUGACGGUUAACGAUUCUGUUGACGGUGCGCUUUAGGCAUGGUGAGUGCGAUUCGGUAGUGAUGGACGCGACAGUGAUCCGACGAUUGUGUGCUAAAAUGAUUGUGCCGCUCUUCACCAUCGGAUUCUGUCUGUCUGUCGGUGUUGCAGCCGAUUUCGAUAAUGGAGGAGAAUGUCGCGCCGCCCUAGGGAUGGAGGAGGGACGCAUUCCGGACCACGCUAUCUCGGCGAGCUCCUCUUACGAGGCAAAAUCCGUCGGACCGCAGAACGCAAGGAUACGACAGGAAAAGAAUGGGGGAGCCUGGUGCCCCAAAGCGCAAAUCAGCAGCGAAGUCAGGGAGUACUUAGAAGUGGAUCUCCAGAAAAACCAUCUGAUGACCUGGACCGAGACGCAGGGCAGAUUCGGCAACGGCCAAGGCCAGGAAUACGCCGAGGCGUUCCUGGUGGAGUAUUGGCGUAACAGUUUGAACCAGUGGGUGACUUACAAGGACUCGCGGGGCGAAAAAGUGCUAACCGGCAACAGCAAUACGUAUCUGGUGGUCAGGCAACGGCUGGAGUUGCCCUUUGUGGCCAGCAAGGUCCGGUUCAUCCCUUACAGCGAGCAUCCCCGCACCGUUUGCAUGAGGGUGGAGCUGUACGGUUGUCCAUGGGAACAGAAUAUAAUAAAAUACAACGUCCCGAGAGGGGAGACUCGGGAACCAGACAUAGAUUUGGAGGACAUCAGCUACGAUGGAAUUCUGGACGGAAAUUACAUGAAGGGUGGCCUGGGCCAGCUCGUCGACGGUUUAUACGGCGACGACGACUAUCAAAAGCAACUUCAAGGGGAGAACUCAGGAAGCCGCUGGGUCGGUUGGAACAACUACACGAGGGACGGCGAUCCCCUGGAAAUAAUCUUCGAAUUCGACAACAUCCGCGAAUUCACGUCAGUGCAUCUACACGCCAACAACAUGUUCACGCGUGGAGUCCAGGUGUUCUCGUUGUGCGAAGUGUGGUUCAGCCUGGACGGCGAGCGGUACCAGCCGUCGCCGGUCAUUGCUGUGAUACCGAUCGACCGGAUGCGUGAAUCCGCCAGGAACAUCACCGUUCAACUGCGCGGAAGACCAGCAAAGUUCAUCAAGAUCCGUCUCACCUUCGCCGACAAAUGGAUACUGCUCAGCGAGAUCUCCUUCGAUUCCGCCUCUCUAACCAAUAAUUUAACCGAGGACGUGCUGGACCGUUACUACCUUCUACCCGAAGUCAUACCGUCGACGAACUCCCCCGGAUCGUCCAGCGGCGAAACCACCCACGCCCGAAAGGAAGUCACACCUGCCAGCAGUCCCACAAACAGCACCCAAGCCUACAUCGGACUCAUCACUGGGGUGUUGGCCAUGGUCGUACUGCUGCUGGCCUGCACCGUCUUCCUCAUGAUCCGACGUGGAAGGAAGAAGGUGGCCCUGUUGCACAAGCACACCGCUUUGGUCUCCAGCAGCACCAAACCCACCACUAUCAACAUGAAAGACCUGAAGCACAUGUCCACUCCAAUCAUCAACAACGGCCUGUCCAGGUCCAGGAUUUCGGUUAAAAGCAAGACCAACACUCUAGGAACGGUGGACACCAAGAAGCAGAAGAAGUGCAACCUGUACGGCAAUGUGGCCGGCGAGGAGUCGGACAGCGAAAACUCAUCGGUGUACCAUGAGCCGUACAAACUACUCCCCAACACCAAGCAGGAGUACGGGUGCUUGUUGAAGAAGGACGGCGUGGCGUCCAGCAAGAGCGGCGAAUACACAGACUUCACCAGCGUCAACAGCUUCGGAGACGAGCUGAAAUUUUCUUCACCGUCCUUUUACAACUUGACGCCGCCUCCGCCUCCAACUUCCAGGCCGCCGCCGACUUACGAUCCGCAGAACUACCAGACCCCCAACAACAUCCCCAACGGAACGACAAUACCUUCGGAAAACUACUACGCAGCCACGGACAUAAUUAAGGGCGAACGCAGGGAGCAACAUUUCACCCCGGGCCGCUUCACCCCGAUCAAGCUGCCCGAGGGGCCGCCGCUGGAGGGGGUGGCGCACCUAUUGGAUUUUCCGAGACAUCGGCUCCGGCUGCUGGAGAAGCUCGGCGAAGGCGACUUCGGAAUGGUGCACCUCUGCGAGGCCGAGGGACUUCCCGACUUUAAUGGAGGCUCGUCUUUCCACAAGAAGCAGAUCGUCAUCGUUAAAAGUCUCUGGCGGGGAUGCGGGGAUGCGAAAAGACACGAAUUUUUGAGAGAGACGAGCUGGUUGGCGGGCCUCAGGGAUCCGAAUCUGGCCCGAGUGGUGGGACUGUGCAGUCAGGACGAGCCGAUGUGCGCGCUGCUCGAGCACUCGGAACCCGGGGAUUUACCGAGGUUCUUGAACGCCAGAGCUGUCAACGAGGACGGCAACCAAGUUACGCCACCCAUUAGUUAUGGAUGCUUAGUGUAUGUAGCCACCCAAAUUGCUUCAGGAAUGAAAUACUUAGAAUCAUUAGACUUGGUACAUAGAGAUUUAGCUGCAAGGAAUUGUGUCAUAGACAAAAGCUUCACUGUAAAAGUAUCAGAUCACGCGAUGUACUGCAACCAAUACGACCAGGACUACUACAUCAGCGAUACUAAAGCCAGACUACCCAUUCGGUGGAUGUCGUGGGAGAGUUUGCUUCUGGGCCGACAGACGACGAAAAGCGACGUUUGGGCGUUCGCCGUUACCCUGUGGGAGAUCCUGAUGUUGUGCACUCAGCAGCCGUACGCGGAACUGACCAGCGAACAGGUGGUGGAGAACUGCAACCACUGGUACCAGAACGACGGCUGUCAGCGUUACCUUCCAAGGCCACCGGCGUGUCCGCGUGAGAUCUACGAUCUGAUGGGCGAGUGCUGGAAGCGCAACGCCUCCGACAGGCCUAGGUUCGCCGAGAUUCAUCUCUUUUUGCAGAGGAAGAACCUGGGCUACAUGCCCGCACCGAACCAGCAGGUCUAACGGACGGCGCCGACUGUUUUUUCUAUGAAUUUCGUGUGAUCAAUGUUUCUUUUAAUAUGAUGAUGAGAUAAAUUUAAAUGUUUUAUUAUAAAUUGCAAGGUAGAUUUAAGAGACUGUUAGGCAUAAUGUUCCCACGAUUACUUUUUCGGUUCGUUUUGGUUCGAAGCGACGUACUCUACGAUUGCAGUACCAGUCUGUUUUUGGAACUCGAUGUAAACCCAAUUGUGAUAUCGCGCAAACUUGUUGUGCAAAUUUAAUCAUAUCUUUCUAUAAAAUUUCUAUGAAAUGUUUUAGGGAAACCGUACAAGAAACAGAUGAUUUCCAAUAAUUAACAUUUUGGUCUCAUAAUUGAGCACAUUGAUGCAGAGUAAAACAAAAUUUUGUCCCGGAACAUCUUGUACGAUUUCUGUAAAUUCCUUAGGUGUAAGACCUAUUUCUUAAUUAUGUGCUUCCUCAUGUAACUCACUCGAUGUGUGUACAUGUUACGAUAGUGUGUUUAAUUUCCUCUCCUAAUUUACACUGUCUUGUACCAUACCUUUUUGAUUAGUAGAUCCCAUCUACUAAACCACGGUUCACUUACAAUGAAUGAUAACCCUCAAUUACCUUUUUAUUAAGAAAAGGGGCUUGUAUAAAGAAUUCUAGUCAAGAUUACUUAGCGCAUAAGACUUAAUCUGAUAUAAUGUUGUUGUAAUAUAGUAUUAUAAAUAAUUGGAUUUAUAAUAUUAUUCGAUUCGACUAAUUACAACUGCCGAAACUGUGUCAAAGUUGUGAUCUAAAUUUAUUGUAGCAUUAAAAAUUGUAAAUUAGGUACGUAUUCGUCAUACUUUCUGUGAUUAACACAUUAUCGACGUGCGCAGGAACUUCUCCUAAGCGUCUUGUCAAUUGGAAAUUAUAAUUUCAAUGUCAUGCGAAAGUCUAGCCGUAUGUACCUAAUUUUCCCUUUUAUUUUUUCACCUGUUGUGUUUUCUACUUAGAUCUACAACGUUACUUUUUCAGUUUUGAGUGUAUUUUAUAUUUGUACAUACAUAUAGUUAUUUUUAUACUCUGAUUGCAAGCUUAUAACAUUCCAAGAACCAAUUUUUUUCGUCGCAUUUGUGGUGGAAUGCUGUAAACCUCGACUAUAUAUAUUUUUAUUUAUUUGAUGUUUCGACUUUUCCAGUGCCAUUUUGCCCUGUAAAUAUGUGACCCUUUUUGUAAAUAAUGACGUUUGAUUCAAGUACCAAGGAACGUAUACAGGCAUGAUUAUUUUUAGAUAUAAGUAGAGAUAAGUAUUAUAACGUAUUUUCUAUAAACACGGAAUCUUGUUAAAAAUUAACCAAUAACGUAUACUUAAUAUUUGAAUUCAUUCCAGAAAAUAGACAUUAAUUUGAUUUGCAUGUGUUUGUUUCUUGAGUAUUUUUAUUACAUUGUAUUUAAUUAUAUUCGUUUUACUGACCUAUAUAUGUGUAAUUCCAAAAUAAAUAAAUGUAAUAAUCUUAAAAUGGCCUAGCAUUAAGAUGUGUGGUUUUUGGUGGAUGCGCCAAUUACUUCUUUCCACGCUGUACUUCGCAGAAAUGGAGAUGAUGUACUACUGUUAACUUUUUACACAUGCAAAUCAUACUAAUCAUUUUUUUAAGGCACACGACAAUCAAGUGCUUUAAUUUAUGCUUGGAUAGAAAGCAUAGUUUUCUUAGCAAUUAGCAAGUUUUUGAAAGACGGUCAAAGAUUUUCGAUGUGUUGCACAAACGUAUGCUUAUUCAGCAAAAAAAAAAAUGAAACUAGUAUCACAUUUUCAUUACUUAUGCAUGAUUAUUUUUUUUGAGACAACCAGGACGAAUUUGUCAGUGGAAUGGAUUAGAAAACGCCCGUAGUUUAGACAUACACACACACACAUAGAGCAGGGUUCUAGAAAUUUAAUUUAAAAGAAAUAAUAAAUUAUAUCGGAAGAUCAGGGUUGUUGGAAGUGGUUUUUGUAAAGGGUCAGGACAAAUGAUUUUUUAAAUUACCGCGUGUAAAAAGAAAACCAAAGUACUUAAUUUUCCGGUUGAAAAGACUGAGUUUUCCUGUUUACAUCUGACCAUUUCCAGCAUAAAAACACCUACAGUAUCGGUGUUGCUUGUCUUUGCCAUUUCACUGUCUCCACUCCAGCAAAUUUGUCCGUUGCCUUCGCGUGAAUCAUUGAUAAAAUAUGAUAAAAAGCAUUAUUAUUGUACGGAAUAUAAUAAAUUUUUCUCUUGUGUAAUUUCACUGUUGAUAUCACGUAAGUAUUGGUCCUUUCAUGUGAAAAAUUUUAUAUAGGUGUUUUAUUAUAUUAAAUACAUAUCAUAAAUAAGUUUAUUCGAUUCCCCCAUUAGCAUGUGUCAGACAUAUGUGUUUUCUGUACAUACAUACAUGAAAUAUGUUUAUUUAUAUUACAGAUAGGAUGAUAAAUAAAUGACACAUGACAA